UCCCCUUUAUGGGCAGUAACCAAUCGGAUGGGUGUGGUAGAGACAUAAAAACCAGGUACUUCUCAAAGCCUGAGCAUAUUUGUGCAGACGUUUCAUGAUCAGCUGUAUUAGGGAGCGACAUCAUUUGUGUUUUCUAUCGUUAGUUAGACACAGAAAACAUUGUCAAUGGCGUCAGGAAACUAUGGGGAAAUGAGCGGGGAGGAUAUGUGUGAGUACCUGAGAGAAAAAGGACUUGGAAGGUGGGCAGAUGCAUUUAAAGAAAAGUCUGUUAUCAAGCUGCGGGAGCUCAAUGGUGGUGUUCUGGUUGGGAAGGGCAUAUAUCAACCUGAGGAUCGUCAGAAAAUCUUGGAUAGUAUCUUGAAGAUCUGGCCAGCAGCUCCCAAGGUGUUUAAUGAUCCAAUCCACGGACAUAUGGAGUUGCACCCUCUUCUUGUCAAGGACACUCAAGUGGUAAUUGGGUGAUGACUUUUUAUUGGUGUUUGCUGUAUGCUUUGGUGAAGGGUGGGGUACUUAGCAGGAGAGCUUGUGAAAGCUCUGAAGGAAAAGCAGGAUCUCAACAUCACUGACAGAGACAUCCUUUGUGUUAAGAUUGCUGGGCUAUGCCAUGACCUGGGACAUGGACCCUUUUCCCAUGUUUUUGAUGGAAUGUUCAUCCCCAAAGUAACACCCCCAUCUGGUCCACUAGGU